UGUUUUUUCUGAUCCUGGAAGAAGUUCUUUGUUCAGCGCAGGAUUAGCGCGAGAGAGUUGAUCCAUCUCUUUCAACCUAGCACCAUCUUACAUUAACAAACAUCACAGUUUAGCGUCAAAUAAAAAACAUUGGAUUUGGAAUGAAAUCUAAAAUCUGAAAAUUGGUCAUCACUUCUUAUAAUUGAAAGGACAUGCAGGUAUAAUAUGAAAAUUAAUCGGGAAAUGAUCAAGGCUUGACCGACUGACUUUGUUAUUGGGCGAUCAAAUGAACAAGUGCGCAUGAUUUAUGUGUUACGGAACUUCGGUGUAGAGUUCCAUUAAUAACUUUACAAGAAUCAACAUUUUUAUAAUGGCAAUAAGAAUGCACUGUGUUCUUAAGUUAAUCGUCAUAUGGAUAGUUUCUUUGGGAUAUACAACAUGCUCGAAUGGAAUUAAAUCAUCGCAAAUUAACUUGAGACACGGAAAACACAUUAUAGCUGUACCCUCUCAAGUACUGACGGCCCCCUAUGUCUUACAAUGUGCUCGAAAUUGUCACAAUAGAAAAACAUGUACGUCCUUCAACUUUAAUGAGGAAUCUAAGUCGUGUGAGCUGAUUGAUGAAAAUAUUUCCCAUCCUCUUGAAGUUGUUGAUGAGAACAGUUGGGUGUUUGGGACAACUGAAAGUCACUGUAGCACCGAGGGCGAUAUUUAUGUAUGUAACUGCAAGGAAAGCAACCCAAUUACCCAAGAUUGCACAGUACAUGGACUUGGGUUUUCUGAGGGUGGAACAAAAACUCAUAAUGAAUUCGCCGCAAGUUUUUAUAAUCCCGAGAGAGAACCAUCAAAGGCAAGACUUGGAAAUGAUCUAGGUUGGGUUGCAUUUGAUGACGGUUCCGUGCCCUGGAACUCAUGGUUGCAACUUGAUUUAGGGUCGGAUAUUACAGUUCAUCGAAUUGAUACCCAGGGUUGCUCUGGAUGCUCGGUUAAAAAAUGGGUGACUUCAUUUGUGCUGAAGUAUACGCUAGAUCAAGUUGUUUGGUGUUCCUAUAAGGAAAAUAAAACAGUCCAGGUAUUCACAGGAAACUCCAAUUCGACUGGUGUCAAAACAAACGUGAUGAGCCAUCCGUUUGUUGCGCGAGUAUUGCGACUGUAUCCGAUAUCGCUGUAUGACACAGAGGGUGGCACAGCAAAGAUAGGGCUGAGAGUUGAAGUAUAUGGCUGCUGAUAUAAAAGGUGGAAAUCCGUCGAAUUCAAAUUCCUUCUACCUUAUAAGAUGAAAGCUACUUUGAAGAUGAGCAGAAUCUAUAUCAACAAGACCGAAAACAACAGCACGGGAUGCGCUCGAAGACCGUACACAUUACACUCAAUGUGUAAAAAUGUAAAAAAAAAACGUUUUAGGCAAUUAUCCCGAUGCGAUCAAAGCUUGAUCAUGACAACAGUUGCACGUACCUUUUAAGGUACGGGUCGUGGCAAAAUUAUAAUACUACUAGUCAAAUGAAAUUGAUGAUUGUGAACAAUCGUGUUAUAAUGAAUAUUCUUGUGAACUUGGUAAGUGUAUCAGAUAAUCAACAUGCAAUACACAAUAAGCAAUAAGAACAUCUCAACCAUAUAUGCGAUUUAUAUAUCACAGAAUGUUUACAAUUCACAAUUUGUCAGUUUUUAAAAAAGGCCACGAGUUGUAAGGUUAGUUAUCACUGGUCAAUAUCAAGCGAAGGUAACGGCCGUAGCCUUCGCAUCCAAGAUGUCGGAUG